AACACUUCCUUAAAAACUCCUUGUAACCUUAGCACCCGCCCUGACGUUGUGCAGUGACCGAGUGAGAACGCAUACGCUGUGAUUUGUUUUGAGUGUGACGUCAUUAGUGCGAGUUGUGAACGCAACAGAAGUGUGUUUUAGUGCACUAUGCGGUUGUUUGCAACGUUAUGAAUGGUCUCGAUCGCUGCUUCUUCGAUCAACGUGAGUCUCAGCAACAUGGGGAUGACUGCAGUUAUAGUUAUAUAAGCCUGGGCCGGCUGCACCCGUACGGCUCGGGCAGCGGCAGCGGAUCUAGCAACGGCAGCGGCCGCCGGCGUGCGCGUAGCCGAGGCUUGUCCGACUCGCCCACUGCGCCCACCACACCGACGUCGGCGUCCGACAACGCGUCCGACGCCACGCUCACAGAUUCUGAGUUGCCGCUCGCGAGAGACUCCACUCUUCUCGUGCAAAACGGCAUGCUGAGAUCUACUUACGACCGGCCAGAUCACGAACGUUGUCUUCUGGAGGGUUCCCGGUUACCGCCCGAUGUGCCACCCCGGAACCCAACAAUGUCUCGACUGAACGGCCGCAUCACGGGCAAUCCCGCUGACUUGGCCGACUUCGAACCCUCAUGUCUCGUGCGUACACCCUCGGGAAACUUCUAUGUGCCUUCAGGGGACAUACAAAAGAAUCCGUCAAUGGACUACAAGUCGAAUUCUUCGUGUAGUAGUCCAGGAAAACAAGAUAAAAGUACUUUAGAGAGAAUGGAGAGAAGCGACAGGUCUCAUCCGGCGUUUGGAGCGCCGGUUCCCGUCCUACCUGUUCGUAAUAAUCUCCGCGCCUCCCACUUUCCUCCCGCUGCCUCACGGUUCCACUUCAGAAAAGGCCUCUCUUCUAGAUGCUCGUGGAAGUGUACCGCUAUAGUGUUCAUAUUUCUCUCCGUACUUCUAGUUUCCAUUGGCUCUUACAUGUCAGCCACAUAUUUCGUCAACUUGCCAUAUCAGAAUUCAAAAACUUGUACAGUACUAGUCGGUGAAUCAACUGAAGUAUUUCCAGCGUCGAAGGCAACGACGCUUGAAUCUAGUAACAAAUCACUUACAAGACCACACCAGAACUCGCCUUCCUCAGGCUCAGGUGCGCGAACAUUCCCCGCGCAGUCUUUCCCGCCUGACGGGACGACGUUCAAACAAAUUACUUUAGGUGAAAAAUUAUCAAAAGAAAUCCCUCCAUAUAGUUAUUGGAACAUGCAAUUCUAUCAGUCAGAAGCUUCUUAUGUGAAAUUCGACUACAUGAUCCCACGAGGCGCUUCAAUUGGUGUCUACGCAAGACGGAACGCACUACCGACGCACACGCAGUACCAUAUAUUGGAAGUACUAAGUGGAUUUAAAGCAAGAAGUACAAGGGCAUCACAUCCUUCUGUUAAGAAAGAAGUAACACAUUACAUGGAACAAGGGCAUUGGUUUCUAUCAUUGUACAACGACGACGGCGAUCCUCAAGAAAUCGCUUUCGUGGCCUUGGUAGCUGAAGAUAUGACUCACAACUGUCCUAACGGUUGCUCAGGCAAAGGAGAGUGCCUUAUGGGACAUUGCCAAUGUCAACCUGGUUUUGGUGGAGAUGACUGUAGUGAAAGCGUAUGUCCAGUCUUGUGCAGUCAACGCGGUGAAUAUAUAAAUGGAGAAUGCCAAUGCAAUCCAGGGUGGAAAGGCAAAGAGUGUUCUUUGCGGCAUGAUGAAUGCGAAGUGCCUGACUGCAAUGGUCAUGGACAUUGCGUCAAUGGAAAAUGUUCAUGUGUACGAGGUUAUAAAGGCAAAUUCUGCAAAGACGUUGACUGUCCACACCCAACUUGUUCAGGGCACGGAUUCUGUAUCGAGGGUACUUGUGUGUGUAAAAAAGGCUGGAAGGGAUUGGAUUGUGCGACCAUGGAUAAGGACGCGUUACAAUGCCUGCCAGAUUGUUCUGGACAUGGAACAUUCGACGUUGACACGCAAACUUGCAGUUGCCAUGUUCGUUGGUCUGGAGAUGAUUGCUCGAAAGAGGUUUGCGAUUUAGACUGUGGUCCACAUGGAAGAUGUGUCGGUGAAUCUUGCGUUUGCGAUCCAGGCUGGACGGGAGAAUAUUGCACUUCAAAACUCUGCGAUGCUCGUUGUAGUGAUCAUGGACAAUGCAAAAAUGGGACUUGUCUAUGCGUAUCUGGGUGGAACGGACGACAUUGUACUUUAGAAGGAUGUCCACGAGGAUGCGCUGGUCAUGGUCAAUGUAGAGUAGCAAAUGAUGGGCAUUGGGAGUGUAAAUGCUUCGAUGGAUGGGAUGGUCCAGAUUGUACUACACUCAAAGAACAAGUCUGUGAUGAUUCUAAAGACAAUGACAAAGAUGGUUUAGUCGACUGUGAAGAUCCUGAAUGCUGUCAAAGUGCCGCUUGUAAAGGAAGUCAACUCUGCGUGUCCUCCCCAAAACCAACCGACAUUUUACUCCGUAAACAGCCACCAGCGAUUACUGCGUCAUUCUUCGAAAGAAUGAAAUUCCUUAUCGAUGAAGGAAGUCUCCAAAAUUACGCAAAGCAAGAGACCUUCAAUGAAAGCCGGUCAGCAGUCAUUAGAGGACGUGUGGUCACCUCCCUGGGGUCAGGUCUAGUCGGCGUGAGGGUUUCAACAUCUACUCCUCUCGAAGGCUUCACGCUGACAAGAGAAGAUGGCUGGUUCGACCUGCUCGUGAAUGGCGGAGGUGCUGUCACACUGCACUUUGGAAGAUCGCCUUUUAAGCGCUCCUCGCAAGUUGUCUAUGUGCCUUGGAAUGAGGUUGUGAUUAUCGACGAGGUGGUGAUGACGACGUCAGACGAGAAGGGCGGUAUGGGGAGCCCCCAGGCCUGCUUGGCCCACGACUACGAUGCUAUGAAGCCGGUAGUGCUCGCCACCUGGAAACAUGGCUUCCAGGGUGCAUGUCCUGACAAAAGCGCGAUACUGGCUGAAUCACAGGUGGUCCAAGAAAGUCUACAGAUACCUGGCACCGGAUUGAACCUAGUCUACCACAGUUCAAGAGCAGCCGGGUACCUCUCCACAAUACAACUGCAGUUAACUCCUGAGAAAAUGCCACCGACCUUAUCUCUAAUACAUUUAAGGAUCACUAUUGAAGGCAUACUGUUCGAGAAGACUUUCGAAGCUGAUCCUGUUAUAAAGUUCACCUAUCCAUGGAAUAGAUUGAAUGUAUAUAGACAAAGGGUGUACGGAGUUACCACUGCGUUGGUAAAGGUUGGUUACCAAUACACGGACUGUAAGGAUAUAAUUUGGAAUGUCCAGACGACCAAGUUGAGUGGGCACGACAUGAGCAUAUCGGACGUUGGUGGAUGGAAUUUGGAUAUUCAUCACAGAUAUAAUUUCCAUGAAGGUAUCCUCCAAAAGGGCGACGGAACAAACAUCUACCUGAAACACAAGCCCCGUCUCAUCAUCACAACCAUGGGCGAUGGAAGACAGCGAGCUCUGGAAUGUGGUGCUGGUGCUGACUGCAGCGGACCAGCUUCACGACAGCGUUUGCUGGCUCCGGUGGCGCUGGCUGCUGCUCCUGAUGGCUCCAUCUUCGUCGGAGACUUCAAUCUGGUGCGGAAAAUCAACACGGAUGGCACAGUGCGGACAGUGGUCAAGUUGAAUGCCACUCGAGUCUCCUACCGAUACCACAUGGCCCUGUCUCCCCUGGAUGGUACACUUUAUAUCUCGGACCCAGAAUCCCACCAAAUCAUCAAAGUUCGCAACACUGACGAGUACAGUGACCCCGAACACAACUGGGAGACAGUCGUCGGUUCUGGUGAGAGGUGUCUCCCUGGUGAUGAAGCACACUGCGGUGAUGGUGCAUUAGCAAGAGAUGCCAAACUCGCUUAUCCAAAAGGCGUCGCUGUGUCAAUAGACAAUGUCCUUUACUUCGCUGAUGGAACAAACAUUCGUAUGGUAGACAGAGACGGCAUUAUAACCACCGUUAUUGGCAAUCACAUGCAUAGAGCUCAUUGGAAACCGAUCCCGUGCGAAGGUACUUUAAGUGUCGAGGAAGUGCACUUACGAUGGCCCACUGAACUCGCUAUCAACCCUCUAGACAACAGUCUCCAUAUAAUUGAUGAUCAUAUGAUCCUGCAAAUGGCACCUGAUGGUCGCGUCAAAGUUAUCGCUGGAAGACCUCUGCAUUGUCCGUCGCCCAUGAGCGGAUAUGACAUGGAACUAGCUACUUAUGCUACAUUAGUUAUGCCACAAAGUAUUGCUUUCGGUGCAGCUGGAGAUCUAUAUGUCGCUGAAAGUGAUUCUCAAAGAAUAAACAGGGUACGCUUGAUCACGACCGACAGCAAGAUAUCUUUGUACGCCGGCGCUGAAUCUAAAUGCAAUUGCUUAGAAAGAGGCUGUGAUUGCUUCGAAGCUGAUCACUUCCUAGCUUCCAACUCUAAAUUCAAUACAAUAUCUGCUGUAAUAGUAAGUCCAGACGGUAUAGUUCACAUUGCCGAUCAAGCCAAUUACAGAAUUAGAUCUGUUAUGGCGAGCAUCCCAGACGCUAGUGGAGCAAGAGAAUAUGAAAUCUAUUCACCGGAUACACAAGAGACAUAUAUUUUUAACAGAUUUGGUCAACAUAUCAUGACAAAGAAUAUUCUGACAGGCGAAAAUAACUACGUUUUCUCGUACACUGUCAAUACUAGCAACGGCAAACUCAGUACUGUAACAGAUGCGGCCGGUAAUAAAGUGUUCCUUCUUAGAGACUAUUCUAGUCUUGUGAAUUCGAUAGAGAAUACAAAGGGCCAGAAAUGCAGAUUGAAGAUGUCUAGGAUGAAAAUGCUACAAGAAUUAAGAACGCCUGAUAACUUCAAUGUUACCUUUGACUAUCACGGUACUACUGGAUUGCUUAAAGCUAAAUAUGACAGCACUGGAAGAAGUUACAUCUAUAAAUAUGAUGAAUUUGGCAGACUAACAUCAGCCGUCACACCAACUGGUAGAAUCAUCAAUCUAACGUUCGAUUUGAGUCUUAAAGGUGCUACAGUGCUUGUCAGUGAAAACAACAGGAAGCCUGUCUCGAUCCUCAUAAAGGGAUCUUCAGUAAGAACAAAAGUAGGAGAGGCUGAAAAGAAAACUAUUAUUUCAACAGACGGCAGUAUUACCUCCAGUUUGCCAUGGGGUCAUGUCAUAUCCACUGACACUGUUCCUUACACUAUAUUAUCGGAAAUUGAUCCCAUUUUAGGAGAAAGCUAUCCAAUACCGGCUAAACAGAGAACGGAAGUAGGCGGUGAUUUAGCGAAUCGUUUUGAAUGGCGAUACUUCCUACGAAGACUUUUAUCAAACAAAGGAAAGAGUAGCAAGGCUGUAGCCCAAAUUGGCAGGAAACUCAGAGUGAAUGGAGAAAAUCUUCUCACUCUCGAAUAUGACAGAGACUCUUCUACUGUAGCCGUGUUCAUGGAUGAUAAGGUCGAACUACUAAAUGUUACAUAUGACAGGACUGCAAGGCCAGUUAAAUGGGGACCGAGGAAUGGUAUAUUUGCAGAAGUUGAACUCGAAUAUGAUAGAUUCAACAGGCUUACUAGAUGGAGUUGGGGAGAUCUAAAUGAAACAUACGGCUUUGAUAGAGCAGGAAGGUUGCACGAAAUCCGUUAUGGCGAUAGUUCAUCUCUAGUUUACUCAUUUAGAGACAUGUUUACUAGUUUACCACUGAAAGUAACAACACCAAGAGGUAGUGACUACCUUCUUGAUUAUGACGAUUCUGGUGCCCUACAAAAUCUCACCACUCCUCGAGGACACAUUCACACGUUCGCCCUUAUGACCUCGCUUGGCUAUUUUAAAUACCAAUAUUUCUCACCAAUGAAUAGACAUCCAUAUGAGAUACUGUAUAAUGAUGAUGGUCAUAUACUAGCAAAGAUAUUCCCACAUCAAUCUGGUAAAAUUCUGUAUGUUUAUGACAGUACUGGCAAAUUAGAAACUAUCCUUGCCGGCGCGUCUGCUAUAAGAUACGUGUACCAUGAAAAUACGCAUCUUGUAAAGAAUGUUGAAAUUACUGAUCCCGAUUAUGAAUUGAAGCAGGAUUACAAAUAUCACGCGGGUAUAUUGAAAGAUGAGAAAAUGAAGUUCAAUUCUAAGAGUGGACUUAAUAAUGCUCAUUUCAAAUACCAGUACGAUGGCAACGCACGUCUUUCAACGAUCGACGCAAAUAUCAACAGUAAAGAAAUGCCACAACUUAGAUUGAAGUAUAACCAGAACCUUGGCAUUCUUGAAGGUGUUAGUGAUUUGAGAAUUUACAGAAAUACUUUCAAUCGAUCAGUGAUGCAAGAUACAAGUAAGCAAUACUUCACCAUAACGGACUACGAUGACCAUGGUAGGAUAAAGACCGUAUUAAUCAAUAUUAAAUCGUUUGAUGUAUUCAGAUUGGAACUCGAAUAUGACGUUAGAAAUAGAAUAAAAACGAAAAAGAUGAUGAUCGGCGACACGUCAUCAAACGAACGAAUUAGCUAUAACUACGAUGGUCAUUUAAUGGAGGUCGUAGGAUCCGAAGACGAUUGGAAAUACGUUUACGAUGAAAACGGUAAUGUAAUUGGUGUCAUAGAACACGGAGAGAAGCGUUACCUUGGCUAUGAUAUCGGAGAUAGAGUUGUUCAGUACGGCGAUAUAGAAUUCAGCAGUUAUGACGGGCGUGGUUUUGUGAUUCGGCGAGGCGAACAAAAAUACAGAUAUAAUUCUCGCGGUCAGUUUGUGCACGCAUUCGAAAGGGAUAAGUUCCAGACGUGGUAUUUUUACGAUGAUAGAAGCAGACUUGUGGCAUGGAAGGACGAGAAGGGUAAUAUUACACAAUUCUUCUAUACCAAUCCACAAACGCCUAACCUAAUAUCACAUAUGCACUAUCCCAAGACAGAGAAGACAGUUCGAUUCUUAUAUGAUCAGAGAGAUUUCUUGACAUGUAUCGAGACGGAAGACCAACGGUUUUACGUCGCUACUGAUCACAACGGCUCGCCUCUAGUUGUCUUUGAUGUUAACGGUGAGAUUGUGAAAGAAAUGAAACGUAGUCCUUUCGGGAAAAUUAUCAAAGACACCAAUCCUGGAUUCUAUGUGCCUGUGGACUUCCACGGUGGUAUAUUUGACUACAACACCAAUCUAGUUUAUCUGGAUAAUAGAUUGUACGAUCCGAUGGUAGGACAAUGGAUGACGCCAAGCUGGGAACACCUUGCGACAAAACUGAGUCUGCCAACAGAUAUCUUUAUAUACAGAUUUAAGAACAAUGACCCAAUAAAUAAGAAUCAGAAUGUCCCGUAUAUGACAAAUUUGGGGAGCUGGUUGCAACUGUAUGGAUAUGAUCUGAAUAAGAUGAUGGGAUCUAAAUAUAUCACUGAUAUGAUCUUCCAACCGAUGACAUCAGUGACCGCCUCUCAGUUGGCCCCAGACUUUGGUGUUAUGUCGGGGCUUCAAUGUAUUAUUGAAAAGGUGAAUGAUAAACUAUCGGAUAUAGAUUUUGUGCCUACUCCAUUACUAAAAAUGGAACCGAUAACAAGGAACUUACUGCCUAGAGUUUCUUACAAGCGCGGUGUCUUCGGUGAAGGUGUUCUCAUCUCGAGGGUCGACGGGAAGGCUUUUAUUAGCGUAGCAGAUGGAGCAAACAGCGUGGUUGAAGAUGUAAUAACAACAGUCUUCAACAAUUCGUACUUCUUGGAUGUACACUUCAGCAUCCAUGAUCAAGAUGUGUUCUAUUUUGUGAAAGAUAACUCACUAAAGAUCAGAGACGAUAUGGAAGAGUUGAGACGGUUGUCAGGCAAAUUCAAUGUGUCGCAAGAUGAAACUAAUGACCAAGGAUUGGAGGUACGUGUACACGCAGUAGGCAAAGGUUCAGCACAAGCAGUCAUAGUGCUGCGGUAUGGGGUCGAUCCAGCUCAGGAGCGCAUCAAACUUCUGAAACACGCUCACAAGCGAGCCGCAGCCCGAGCCUGGGAGAGGGAGAAGGCCCUGGUUGCCGCCGGAUGGGAGGGACGGGGAACCUGGACAGAGGAAGAGAAGGAGGAACUCAUCUCCCAUGGAAUAGUCGACGGAUGGGCGGCCAGGGACGUUCAUUCCGUGUCCAAAUACCCGCAGCUGGCGGACGACCCCGCUAACAUCGUGUUCGUCCGCGACGGCAGAAGAAAAAGGAGAAAGAGCGGCAGAUCACGCCACCGCUCGUGACUUGUCUGAACGUGCCAUAACUCCGCACCUAUUCUCGGAAAGUGAGAAUUAUCAUCUUCUUUCAGGAUGGCAAUUCUCGCGUUCUGAUACUCGGUAGAGUUUUAGUUCUUACUGUUUUUAUAGGACUGAUGUGUUUUCGGAGGUCCGCCCGUAACGGUCUCUGAAUGUGAAGGAAAGGCUCUUGUGAUCGGUGUAGUGCAGAUAUUUGUAUGUAAGGAUUAGGACUGAUGGUAUCGAAGUGAAUGACUUGAUUGACUCUGAAUGAUUUUUAGUGCUACAGCAGAAUCGUUUACGAGCGUGUUUAUAUUUCAUUUUCGUACUUAGCGCG